UGCGCUCGGGGAAUGGGAUUUCCAUUCCCCGACGUUUCCCUUGGUCGACUUCCCUGGAAGGCUGCGCGGGCCGUACCCGGGGAGCACGGCUCUGGCCGGGAAGGAUGCGCUGAGCCGCCAGACCGAAACCGCACCGCUUUUCUCUCGCAGACACCUCACGGCCCCCUCCGAGAGAGCCCCCUCUGCCGGAGCAGGCGCUGCUCGUGGGGCUGCGGGAGCUCUCCUCGCCGCCCGCCACAGCGCAGGGACAGCUCUGACAGGGAGGAACCGGCAGCGGGGCCGAGUUUUACAUCCUUGUGUGUCCUUCUGUUUCUUGAAGAUGAAGAAAAUGGUUGCAUGUUUCUUUCUGCUAUUUGCACAUGCUCUGCUUUCCACUGUCAUGGCAAAAGAUCUCCCUGGAAGACAUUUCACCCGAAAAAGGGAUGUUAACACACAGUCUCUACUGCAAAACCCUUGCAACAACAAACAUCUGGACCUUGUUUUCAUCAUUGACAGCUCUCGCAGUGUGCACCAUUACGACUUUGAAAAAGUGAAGGAGUUCAUUUUGACCAUCUUGCAGUUUCUGGACAUCAGCCCUGACACCACGCGCGUGGGUCUGAUUCAGUACGGCAGCACCGUCAAACAGGAGUUUUCACUGAAGACCUUCAGGCGGAAGCAGGAUAUCGAACGAGCGGUGAGGAGGAUGAUGCACCUGGCGACGGGCACCAUGACUGGGCUGGCUCUGCAGUAUGCAGUGAACAUCGCAUUUUCAGAGACAGAAGGGGCUCGACCUCUGAGGCAGAAUGUGCCCCGAAUUAUCAUGAUAGUGACAGAUGGGAGACCUCAGGAUCCUGUGGCAGAGAUUGCUGCUAAAGCACGAAACUCAGGAAUCCUAAUUUUUGCCAUUGGAGUGGGAAGAGUGGAUAUGAACACUCUGAAGUCCAUUGGGAGCGAACCACAUGAAGAACAUGUGUUUCUGGUUGCUAAUUUCAGUCAGAUUGAAACACUGACCUCUGCCUUCCAGACUAAACUUUGUGUGCCUCAUAUGUGCAGUAUAGUUGAGCACCACUGUGAUCACUUCUGCAUAAACACCCCUGGCUCCUACCUGUGCAGAUGUAAACAAGGAUACAUUCUGAAUGCUGACCAGAAGACUUGCAGCACUCAGGACCUUUGUGCUGUGGAGAAACAUGCCUGUGAGCAGAUUUGUGUGAACACGCCUGGGUCCUACGUCUGUCAGUGUUAUGAAGGGUAUGAACUUGAUGCAAAUGGAAAGAAUUGUGUUGUUGUAGACUACUGUGCUUUGGAUAACCAAGGCUGCCAACACGAAUGUGUUAACACUGAAGACUCCUAUUACUGUAGAUGCCACCCAGGCUUCAUUUUAAAUCUAGACAAAAGAACUUGCAGAAAACCAGAUUAUUGUUCUCUUCAGGACCAUGGUUGUGAACAGGAAUGUGUUAAUACAGAUGAUUCCUAUUUUUGUCAAUGCCGAGAAGGGUUUAGACUUAAUCCAGAUAAGAAAACAUGCAAAAGAGUGGACCACUGUGUUGAAAGCAAUCAUGGCUGCGAGCAACUGUGCCUAAAUACAGGUGACUCCUAUGUCUGUCAGUGCUCUGAAGGAUUUGUCAUCAAUGAGGAUCUAAAAACCUGCACACGAGUUGACCAUUGUGCUCUAAGUGAUCAUGGCUGUGAACAUUUGUGUGUAAAUGGUGACAGAUCUUAUACUUGUCAGUGUUUUGAAGGAUACAGGCUUCGUAACGACGGGAAAACAUGUAAACGUAAAAAUGUCUGCAAAUCAGUCAACCAUGGCUGUGAGCAUGUUUGUGUUAAUUCUGACAAUUCCUACAUCUGCAAAUGUCGUGAGGGAUUCAUACUGAGAGAAGACGGCAAGACCUGCACAAGACAGGACAUCUGCAAAUCAGUCAGCCAUGGCUGUGAGCAUAUUUGUGUUAAUGAAGAUGACUCGUAUGUUUGCAAGUGUCAUGAGGGUUUUCUUCUGAGAGAAGAUGGGAAAACAUGCAGAAACAAAGACAUUUGCAGUUCAGUUCACCAUGGCUGUGAACAUGUUUGUGUUAAUGCUGAUGAGUCCUACAUCUGCCGGUGUUAUGAGGGCUUUGCACUAAGGGAAGAUGGAAGAACAUGUAGAAAUAAAGAUGUUUGCAAUUCUGUUGACCAUGGCUGUGAGCAUAUUUGUGUGAAUACUGAUAGUUCAUACAUUUGCCAGUGCUAUGAGGGUUUUGUAUUAAGAGAUGAUAAGAAAACAUGCAAAAAUAAGGACAUCUGCAAAUCAGUCAGUCAUGGCUGUGAACAUCUUUGUGUUAAUAACAAUGAUUCAUACACUUGCCAAUGCCAUGAUGGAUUUGUACUAAGGCAAGAUGGGAAAACAUGCCGAAGCAAGGAUAUUUGCAAAUCAGUCAGCCAUGGCUGUGAACAUGUGUGUGCUAGUGCCGGUGAUUCAUUUGUUUGUAAGUGCCAAGAGGGAUUCCUGCUAAGAGAAGAUGGAAAAACUUGCAAAAAUAAAGAUUUUUGCAAAUCAGUCAACCAUGGCUGUGAACAUGUUUGUGUUAAUUCUGGUGAUUCAUAUACCUGCAAAUGCCAUGAUGGGUUCCUACUGAGAGAAGAUGGGAAAACCUGCAGAAACAAGGACAUUUGCAACUCAGUUGACCAUGGCUGUGAACAAGUUUGUGUGAAUACUGGAGAUUCCUACAUCUGCCAGUGUCGUGAAAAAUUCAUACUGAAGGAAGAUGGAAAGACAUGUAGAUAUAAAGAUGCUUGCAACUUGGUUGACCAUGGCUGUGAACAUAUUUGUGUUAAUACUGAUGAUUCCUAUGUCUGCAAGUGUCAUGAAGACUUCGUACUGAGAGAAGAUGGAAAAACUUGCAGGAAUAAAGACCUGUGUAAAUCCAUUGAGCAUGGCUGCGAACAUAUGUGCAUUAAUAAUAACAACUCAUACAGCUGUCAGUGCCAUGAGGGCUUUGUUCUGCGACGAGAUGGGAAGACAUGUCGAUAUAAAGAUGUCUGCAAAUCAGUUGACCACGGCUGUGAAUAUGCUUGUGUUAAUAAUGAUGAUUCCUAUAUCUGCAAAUGCCAGGAGGGAUAUGUACUAAAAGAGGAUCAGAAAACAUGCAGAAGAUGCACUGAAGGCCCAGUUGACCUGGUGUUUGUGAUUGAUGGAUCAAAAAGUCUUGGAGAGGAUAAUUUUGAAAGUGUAAAACAAUUUGUCUCAGGAAUCUUGGAUACACUUGAGAUUUCACCCAAAGCUGCUCGAGUUGGUUUGCUUCAGUAUUCCACUGAGGUUCGUACAGAGUUUACAUUAAAGCAGUUCAGCUCAGCCAAAGACAUGAAGAAAGCUGUGUCACAAAUGAAAUACAUGGGUCGAGGUUCCAUGACAGGACUGGCGCUGAGGCAAAUGUGUGAGAGAAGCUUCACAGAAACAGAAGGAGCAAGACCAUUUUCAGCAAAUGUCCCUCGAAUCUCCAUUGUGUUUACGGAUGGACGAGCCCAGGAUGAGGUCUCUGAGUGGGCUACCAGAGCAAAGCAACGUGGUAUAAUCAUCUAUGCCAUUGGAAUAGGAAAAGCAAUUGAGGAAGAACUGCUGGAAAUUGCUUCUGAGCCAUCAUAUAAACAUCUCUUCUAUGCUGAGGAUUUCACAGCUCUGGAGGACAUAAGUGAAGAGCUAAGAGCUCAAAUCUGUGCAGCCUUGAAAGAGUCACCUCACCAGCAGGAUGCAUCAUCUGGGAGGCUUCGUAAGACUGGUCCACAGCCUUCAGGACCUGAAUCAACCACAAUAGCCAUCACAGAUGUCAUUGACUGUCCACAUCUUGCAGUACACCACAAGUAUCUUUUUGAAGACAGUCACAUUCACUCAACAACAGCAAAAGCUUCAAAAGAUAACGACCAGUGCAAAUGUGAAAACCUUGUGACAUUCCAGAACUAUGCAACCAGUGAAGUAAGAAAACUCACCCAGCGAUUGGAAGAAAUGACGAAGAGAAUGGAAGACUUGGAAAACAGGCUAAAAUACUGAUCAGAAUUUUAAGUGUAUGCUACACUGUAUAUUUAUACAUACAGACCUGUCAGAGCUAUUUUCGUAAACUGGUUCAAAGUAAAAUAACAAAUCUUUGUGUCUGAAGUUGAAAAGAAUAUUUUGGAUCCUUGCAUCUAUACACCAUGUGUUCUGUCUUGCAUUGAGCAAAUAAGAAAUGUUGAAAAUUUUAUAUAAACAAUUUAGUAACUAGCAAAAGUUCUAAUUAAGCAGAACAACUGAAAUAAGCUAUGCAAAAUAAUAAAAUGCUGUUAUUUUUUGAA